GUUUUCUGUUGGCUUAAAGAGAGAGUUCCUUUUUACGUCGUUGUGGAAGGCUAGAAUAAUAUUCUUUGGGAGAUCCCGCUCAUCACGAGGGCCAUGCCCGAGACAUUCCUAGAUCUUUCCAGUGGGUCAUCACUAGGUACAAUGUCGACUGUCAUGAGGCAUUUCUGCCCUACUCCAGCCGUAUGGUUGCCUUCCCGUGCGCGUUUGCAGAGACCGUGCAGGCAGAGAUGCCGCACCGUGGCUGCCCAGAAAUCUGUAGCAGAAAAGAAAUUGGCAGGACCUUCCUUCCAGACCUCUGACAACCUGGGGAAAGUAACCUCAUCACCUGGAGGGUCACCGCCUCCUGAUCCCGAAGAUGACCCAAGAGCUCCACACUUUGAGCAAUGGCCGGCGCAGCGCUCGUUUUCGGAAGUCCUGAAGGACAAGACCAGUGACACAAUUGGGGAUCUGUUGCUGAUCGCUCGCCGCACCUUGAGGAAGCUGCCUCGGAGGAGCAGAAUCCGAGCUCAGCUGCGCAGAAUGGGCAACAAGGGCAAGGGCAGCGAUGACGCGCCGGUUGCACUGAAGUGCGACAAGCCAAUCAUCCUGGUGUUGGGCUCAGGCUGGGGCGCACACUCCCUGAUCAAGGUGAUCGACACAGACAAAUUUGAAGCGAUCUGUGUUUCGCCUCGCAACCACUUCAUCUUCACCCCAAUGUUGCCAAGCUCGGCAGUGGGGACUGUGGAGUUUCGUUCUCUGCUGGAGCCCAUCCGCAUUUCCAACCCCUUUGUCACCUACAUAGAGGCCGAGUGUGAGGUGCUGGACGUGAAGCGGAAGCUAGCCCUCUGUUCCUCAACGUUUGCGUAUGAGAACGGCCGCCGGCCGCAGUUCGAAGUCGCUUACGACGCGGUCGUCAUUGCAAUUGGAGAACAGACCGCCACCUUCGGGGUGCCAGGCGUAAUGGAGCACUGCUACUUCCUGAAGGAGAUCAGCGAUGCGGUGGGGCUGCGGCGGAGAAUUGGGCAGUGCUUUGAGCUGGCCGCGCUGCCCGGCACGCCUGAGGAGGACCGCAAGAGGGCGCUGCGCUUCAUCGUGGUCGGGGGCGGACCCACAGGCGUGGAGUUUGCGGGGACGCUGAGGGAUUUUGUGCGAGGGGACCUGGCACGCAAGUACCCGGAGCUGAUGGGCGACGUGGAGGUGGUGCUGCUGCAGAGCGCGCAGAGCAUCCUGACCCAGUUCUCGGCCGGCCUGCAGCAGCGCGCGCUCGACACCUUCCGCAAGACCGGCGUCUCCGUGCGCACCGGCGUCCGCGUCGUCGCCAUCACCCAGGACCAGGCGCGCCUUUACUAUCGCCCCUUUUCCCAGCAUCUUCAAGGGGUGGUGCUGGAGGGCGGGGAGCGGCUGGACUACGGCGUCUGCGUGUGGUCCACCGGCAACGCUGCGCGGCCGCUCGUGCAGGCGGUGGCCGGCGCUGUGCCGGUGCAGCGCGAGGCGCUGGCGGGGCGAAACCCGGCGGCCGCCAAGCUGACGGUGGAUCCGUUCCUGCGCAUCGCGGGUGUGCGCGACGCCAUCGCUCUCGGCGACUGCAGCCGCCUCUCCGGCGCACCCCUGCCCGCCACCGCGCAGGUGGCGGGUCAGCAGGGGGCGUACGUCGCGCGCAUGAUCAACAAGGGGUACAGGCUGGGCACGGGUGGCCUGGACAAGGCCUUCCCUGCGCGCUGGAAGGAGGGCUCGGCCAGUGAGGAGGUGGAGUACUUUGAGAAGCCAUUCGCAUUCCUAUCUCUAGGUUUGAUGGCGUACGUGGGCAGCGACCAGGCCAUCACACAGCUGGAGGCCGGCAAAGCAUCUUUUUCUCUGGCUGGCUACCUGUCAUUCCUGCUCUGGCGAUCUGUCUACAUCACUAAGCAGGUCAGCACGCGCAACAGGAUCCUGAUAUUGUUUGACUGGGUGAAGACAAGGGUCUUUGGACGCGACCUCAGUAUAUACUAA